UGCACGUUCCACGCACGCACGCUCUGUUUCAUCCCAAAUAAAACCUAAUUUCUACAAUUUACCCCCAAAAUCAAAAUCUCCAUUCAUCUCUCUCAAACUCAAAAUGAAAAUGAAAAUGAAAUUGAAAUAACACACUAUAAAACACUUACCCGCCAAAAACUAAAUCAAUAUCUCUCUCUCACAACAUAUAUUUAAUUAAAUUACCGCUUCUAUUUUUCUUUUUCUUUUUAUUAAAUUUUAAAAUCUCUUCUCUCUCUUUUUCCUCUUCCCUCGCUUUCUCUAUCUCCUUCUAUUUCUCUAGGGUUUCUCUCCGAUGGACGAGUUACCAGAACCGACGACGGAUCCUCCACCGGAGGAGCUUCAGAACGGAGGAGGAGACGAACGGUGCACCAAGAAGGCCAAGGUUGAGCAAAUUGAUGAUGAUUCGGAGGGGGAUUUGAAGCGAGUGGCGGAGAUUGUUUUGGUUUUAUCGACGAUGGCGGCGGUGCGAGGUGGAAAGAAGCCAACUGAUGUGGAGGUUGAGCUAAUGAAGGAGGCUCGGACUAAGCUUGCUGUCUUAUGUCAGGGGAUUGCUCCUAAGGAUAUUGUUUCCGGUGAAGCUAUUGACACCGUUAUUGAAGAUCUAGGUUUGAAUGCUAAGGUUGGGGACCAGAGGUUAGGGUUUCGAAAUCCUAAGACGUCCAUCGCUGAGAGGUAUUCGUAUGCUAAAUCCAAGAUGGAGGAAUCAAAGAAGUUCUCUGCACCUUCUACAACAUAUACAUCUCAGCCCUUGCAAACAAAUGCUAGUGGAAUGGUUGACAAUCGUGUGCCAACAAAUGCUGUUCGAAUGUUUGCACCUGACAAACCAAACCAUACGGCAAUAGCUUCUGCAGUUUCCAUGGUGUCUAUUCCUCCCCAUAUUUCUGCAGGAUCUUCUGCAGCAAUGCAAUAUCCAACAGCCAGCAAUGAAGUGAGACCGCCCAUGGUUUCUGGUGUAAUGCCUAGCAGUCACGUGGGGAGAAAUGCAUCUUCUGUAGCACUGCCUAGAGUUGAAAACCCACAGUUCAAAGUUACUGGAGGAUUGAGUGGAGCUCCUUAUGUUCUUCAAGUCCAAGCCAAUUCAUCUGCUAACCAACCAUUGGUGAAUGUUCCUACGUGGUCAAUUCAGACUCAACCUGCAUCAUUAGCUAGAAGCAUAUCAGAAAACAAGGUGCCGGCUCAUAACACUGUCAAGGUUGAAGGAACUGCUGAUGUAACCACAUCAAGGGCAGGUCCACAAGUAACAACUGAUAAGAGCAUUAGACCAUUUAUUACUCAAACAGCACCUGGAAAUAUGUCUAGUACGCACCAUCCAUUGCAGGCUGUGAACAUGUCUCAACCUCCUAUGAUUCCCAGUCACACUGAAAUUGCAAAAAUUGUCCAGAAACUGUUUCUACCAAAGUUUCCUGACCAGCCCACAUGGACUCCUCCAUCAAGAGAUUAUAUGAAUAAGGCUUUCACUUGUCAGACAUGUGAGCUCACUGUCAGUGAUGUUGAUUCCGUUCUUCUCUGUGAUGCUUGUGAAAAGGGAUUUCACUUGAAGUGCCUGCAGCCAUCAGUCAUUAGAGGAAUUCAUAAUAGGGUUGAUUGGCACUGCAUGAGGUGCUUGAAUUUAAGCGGUGGAAAGCCCUUGCCUCCAAAAUAUGGUCGUGUGAUGAGAUCCUCAAACACAUCACCAAAUUUUCCCUCUAAUGUAGCUGGUAUUCAACCUUCUUCUGAGAAGAAAGCAGAGAGCUCAGAUCCAAAGGUCAGCCCACAUAUGUUUACUACAAUUGGAAACUCUGUUCCAACAGUUUCCAGUGCCAAUCACAAUGAUGAGCCGUCAUUUGACUCAAAUACCCCAGAAAUGAGAGAUAUACAAGGUUCAAACAUUUCACCCAGCAUCGAAACCAUUGAUGAGAAGCCUGAUCCAAACAUCAGUAUGAAAUCUGCAACUUGUAGUGCUUCCACCUGUUUGCCAGGUGAAAAUCAGGCUGAACAAAUAGAUUCAAAGGCUUUGACCUGUAAAGAUACUUCAGAAUCCGAAACUCCUAAAAUUUGCGAGCCGAUUAAAUGUGAAAAUUUGCAAUCAUCACUAAAUUCUCAAGUUGGGAUGACAGCGGCACAGGACACUGCUGAAAUAUCAACAGAUAGACACGUUAUGAUUAGUAAACAAAAGGAGUCUCAUGGAGGAGAAAACAUAACUUAUGAUAUCAAGCGCAAUGACCCAGAUGUUGCACAACCAAAUUCUGUCGGAGGUUCUGGAACUAAUACUGAAGGUAUUCAGCACUCUGCUUUAUCUUCAGAUAGCUCACAUGUUGUAGAAUGGAUUGGUGAUGUUGUACAACUUGUAGAUGAGAAAAAGUAUUAUCAAUCUUGCUGCAUUGAUGGAGUAACAUAUAGGCUGCAGGGUCAUGCUUUUUUCACGUCCAACCAUGGGAAAUUAACGCCUUCUAAACUCCAGUCUAUGUGGGAAGAUUCUAAAACUGGGAUAAAGUGGGUUAAGGUGACGAAGUGCUACUUUCCUGAUGAUUUGCCUGGGAAUAUCGGGCAUCCUUGUAUAUCUGAAGUCAAUGAGGUUUAUGAAUCUAAUAGUGAUAGAAUCGAAAUGGCUAGCUCUAUCCGAGGCCCUUGUGUAGUCCUUCCAUACGAUAAAUUUAAACAGGAAAAUGACAGAAGAUGUCAAUUUGGAAUUGAUGCAAGUGCUAGUGUACAGCCCAUUUUCCUUUGCAGGUGGUUUUAUGAUGAAAUCAAAAAGUCAUUUCAACCUGUUAUCAGUUGAAUAUACAAUGUUUUUGUGGUUCCUCGACAUUGCAGUUUUGUGGUAUUUGGGUGGUUUCAAACGGGAUAUUUUCUUGCAUGGUAAUUUAGCAUACAUUAAGAUUCAUGCGAGACCUAUUUCAAGGCUCAUAGCAGCAGUAUUGCCUCGUUCAAAAAUAUAGCUGGGGAGCAUGGAUUGCAUUUGAUGUUAAAUAUUCAGCUUAAGCUGUGACUGCUUAGUUUAGUUUUAAGUUAUAUUAGCGCUGUUCUUUAUAGAUAUUCAUUCUGUAUAAUUCUUUUAUCUGUACGUAGACUCUUUAGGCCCGCUAAUCACAUGUUUAUCUUUGAAAUUAGAUUAUCAUUAUAGUUUUUUUUUUUCACGUGAUUAGUCCUUAGUUUUCUGGAAUUGUAUAAUAUUUAGUUUGUACAAAAGCCACUUCUAAAGAAGCAUAUCCAUGGGAUUUUCGUUGAUCAUUGAACACC